GUACGCAUGUCUCACAAAGAGACAAUUUUUUUUUUAUAUUUCUUUAUUCCUUUUUUUUACCAAAUAAAAAAAUAAAAAUGUCAUUUGAAAAGAAAUAUAAACACUCUGUCGAUGUAAAAGAUUUAUUCUUUAGUUACGGUGGACCUCCUAUUAUUGAUCAUAUGGACUUACAAUUGGAUGCAGGUAACCGUUGUAUUCUUGUGGGUGCUAAUGGUGCAGGAAAGACUACCUUGUUAAAGAUUCUGGCUGGUAAGCGUAUGGUUCCAGGUGCUAUCAAAGUCCUCGGUCAAGACGCUUUCUUGGAUGGUCCAGUGGGUAUUACUUAUUUGGGUACUGAAUGGGCUAAUAACCCAGUGGUAAAAUCUGACUUGUCAGUGGAAUAUUUGUUAAAAAGCAUGGGCAGUCAUCGUUGGCCGGAACGUACACAGGUGCUUUUAACUGUUCUUGAUGUUGAUGUCAAGUGGCGCAUGCAUCAAAUCUCGGAUGGACAACGUCGUCGUGUUCAGUUGGCGAUGGGUCUGUUGCAUCCUUGGGAAUUAUUAUUGUUGGAUGAAGUCACUGUUGAUCUCGAUGUGCUUGCAAGAGCUGACUUUCUUAACUUUUUAAAGGUAGAAACAGAAGAACGUGGCUGUACUAUUGUGUAUGCUACACAUAUUUUUGACGGUUUAGGUGAUUGGGCAACACACAUUGGACAUGUUGCUGAUGGACGUUGUUUGUCAAUGAAUAAGGUGGAUAAUUUCCCCGCUUUUGAAGAAAUCAAACUCCAGCACAAACAGGAAGGACGUGUUGAUUCACCUUUGACAACACUUUGUAUCAAGUGGUUGAGAGAAGAUAGAGAUAGAUUGAGAAAUAUUAAGAACGUUGAUCCUGUUACUGGUCUCCCUCAUUCAAAGUGGGAUGAAAUGUCUGAUAAUAUGAAGAAGAACGGUGACAAGUAUUAUAAUUAUUGGAAACGAUAAUAAAAAAUACAUAUUCUUAAUUUUCAUAUGCUAA